UCAGAAGGUUACCAUUAUAAAAAACAAAUACUUCCAAACAUACUUCUUUUUCUAUUGCUCUACUUUUAUAUCUUGCAUUUACUUUCUUCUUGAAUAUGUCUCCAAAAGCAAUUGUCUUCACUGAUUGGGAUGGUACUGUCACCCUUCAAGAUUCCAACGAUUAUCUUACUGAAAAUCUUGGAUUUGGUAAACCACGUCGAUUAGAAAUUAAUGAUGACAUUUUAAAUGAAAAGAUAUCAUUCCGUGAUGGAUUCAGAGAAAUGUUAGAAUCAAUUCCAGUUUCAUUUCCUGAAUGCAUUGAAUAUUUAUUGAAACAUAUUCAAUUAGAUCCAGGAUUUUUAACAUUCUAUAAAUGGUGUGAAUCUCAAGGUAUCCCCAUUAUUGUAGUUUCAUCUGGAAUGAAACCAAUUAUUUACGAACUUUUAAAAAAUUUGGUUGGAGAUGAAGCAAUUAAAAAUAUUGAAAUUAUUUCCAAUGAAGUUAAAAUUGAUCCAGAAACUCAAAAAUGGGAAAUUGUUUAUAAAGAUCCUGAAAGUUCAUUUGGUCAUGAUAAGUCCAAUUCCAUUAAAGAAUAUUUAGCUAAACAUAACUAUUCUACUAAUACUACUAGUUUGGAAGACAAAGGUAAUCCAAUUUUAUUCUAUUGUGGUGAUGGGGUUUCAGAUUUAUCAGCUGCAAAGGAAACUAAUCUUUUAUUUGCCAAACAUGGAAAAGAUCUCAUUAAAUAUUGUAUUAGAGAGAAUAUUCCUUACACUGAAUUCGAUAGUUUUAAAGACAUUUCUGAAAAAGUUAUUAAAAUUGUUGAAGCUGAUGGUGAGAACAUUAAUGAAUUUAUUGAAAAUAAAUAG